AUGGAUAUUCUUGAGCAGAGAGUAAUUGAGGCCUACUGUUCGCUUGGAUCAGAGGACUGCAUUAACAAAUACAAGAAACUAUUUGAUGAAGAAGUUGUUGCGAAGUGUCAGGGCACGAACGCAAAAGCAAGUCAAUGUGUUACCCUUGCUGCACCUCUUCGCGCCAAAACAUACUGCUAUGGGGUCAGCGAAGGAGGCAAAGCCGCUUAUACUAAGCUCAAAAAUCUCUAUAUGGCAGAGAAUGUGGCAAUGGAGAAAGAUAAUCUACGUCGCGCCUUGGGAUGUCACAAGGAUAUCACUGCUUUGAAAGAGCACGUUGAUGCUGACAGCAAUCGAUCGAAAUUCAUCAUUUGUACGAUGAUGCCAGUGCACACAGCAAUUGAACAAGUUAUCCUUGCAUCUGCGGCCGGCAUACGUACUCAGCAGCAGGUUGAACAGGUGAGCCGAUGA